GUCUCCGCUGUCCUCUUCUCUGCGGCUUCCGGCCUCCUUCGCAUCAAGGAGAGAGAGAGAGAGAGAGACCGAGGAGCAGUGAGAGGGACGGGGCGGUUUUGAGGAUAGGAUGGGAUCGACGACGACGCAGAUCGUCCUGGAUCUGAACGCUUUUGCCAGGAGAACAGUCGGAGGGUUCCUCAACGACGCGGCGGAGGCGGAGCUUGGUGCCGGAGAUGGUCGGAUGACAAAGAUGAAGGAGUGCGUGAGGAUGCUAGAGGAGGAGAGGACAAAGACCGAGGCUUUCAAACGCGAGCUCCCGCUCUGCAUGCUUCUCCUCACCGAAGUGAUCGAAGGGCUGAAGAUGGAGAUGGAACAAUGGUCGCGCGAGAGAUCGGAGCGCCCGUUCGAGGAAUUUAUUCCGACUAGAAGUCGGUGCAAGGAAGAGAGAGGGGAGGACGAAGCGGAUUUCAAGGAUAAGAUGAACUGGAUGAGUUCUGUUCAGUUGUGGAGUGAUACUUCCAGCGAAGAAAAGAACGAUGAUGACAACAAAAAUUCAACAGAGAAAAAUGGAAGAUCAAAUCGCCUGGUCGAGGAACGACAGAGCUUGUUCUUCAACUCUACUACCCGUGGGGCUAGCUUUUUGCCCUUUAAUGGCACAUCAGCUCCUACAAUGAAAUCCAAAGGGGAGCUGAAGCAGGUGUUGGUGUCUCCUGAUCUCUCCCUUGUGCCGACUGCGUCAAAGAACUCACCUUGUUCGCUUUCAUCUGCCGCCGAGGAGCAUUCUAGCGGUGGGUCGGGAUGUGAGGGAGUGGCUGGAUCUCCGAUGUCGGUCCCUGCUUCUGUGGGCGCGCACCUAAGCUUACAGCUUCAGCCGCCGCCAAGGAAAGUCCGGCGAUGUUGGCCACAGGAGCUGCAUAGCCGGUUUGUCAAUGCUCUCCAACAGCUUGGUGGAGCUCAAGUGGCGACUCCGAAGCAGAUAAGAGACUUAAUGAAGGUGGAUGGCCUCACCAACGAUGAAGUGAAAAGCCAUCUGCAGAAGUACCGAUUGCACACGCGAAAGGCGCCUAAAGUUUCUUCUAUCGGUGGCCGACCGGUUGCUGUUUUAGGGGGAGGUAUGUGGGUUCCCCAAGAGGACUGCACCUCUUCACCUCAACAAAGUGUCUCACAAUCUGGCUCUCCUCAAGGCCCCCUCCAGCUAGCCGUUUCGAAUAGAGCACACUCUUUUGCUGGAGAAAGUUGCGGGGAAGAAGAUGAGAAGUCAGAUAGUUAUACCUGGAGAUGAGAAGUUAAGAAAAUUUAUAAUUUUGUAGGUUCAUGAGAAGAGACCGGCAUAUUUUUAACUUCGAAUAUAUGCAAGGAUAUCAGAUGUUUUGUGAGUUGUUGUAUGAUCAUAUUCAAAGGAAUAGUUUAUGCCCAGAGUAGGGGAGUCUUUGAGCUCCUCAGAUGA